GAAAACGAUGAACACGUCAAUGCUACAUCCGGUGAAAUUGCAUUCGCAGCAGCAAUAAUGGCAGCGUUUUCUGAAAUGGGGGUUAUGCCUGAAAUCGCGCAGGCUGUGGAGGAGCUGGACUGGCUGCUACCCACUGACAUCCAGGCAGAGUCUGUUCCCCUUAUUCUUGGAGGAGGAGAUGUACUUAUGGCAGCAGAAACUGGCAGCGGUAAAACAGGGGCCUUCAGUAUCCCAGUGAUCCAGGUCGUGUAUGAAACCCUGAAGGAUCAGCAGGAGGGCAAGAAGGGCAGAGCCUCAGUGAAGACUGGAGGAGCUAUUUUCAACAAUUGGCAGAUGAAUCCUUACGACCGCAGUCCAGCUUUUGCGAUUGGUCCAGAUGGACUGUGCUGCCAGAGCAGGGAGUUUAAAGAGUGGCAUGGCUGUCGCUCUACAAAAGGGGUCACCAAAGGGAAGUACUACUAUGAGGUGACCUGCCAUGACCAGGGUUUGUGUCGCAUUGGCUGGUCCACCAGUCUGGCAGCCCUGGACUUGGGAACUGAUAAGUAUGGUUUUGGUUUUGGUGGGACUGGAAAAAAAUCCAACAACAAGCAGUUUGACAGCUACGGAGAGGAGUUCACCAUGCAUGACACUAUUGGAUGCUACUUGGACCUUGACAAGGGCCAGAUGUCCUUCUCUAAAAACGGCAAUGACCUGGGUGUGGCUUUUGAGAUCCCUCAACCCGUGCAGAGUCAGCCCUUCUUUGCCUCCUGUGUGCUCAAGAAUGCAGAGCUGAAGUUCAACUUUGGAGGAGAAGCCUUUAAGAAUGCCCCUAAGACCGGGUUUGUCACCUUGGACCAGGCGCCAGAAGGCCACACAGUCAAAUCUUCUCAAGCAGGCAGUGCCAAAGUGAGUCAGGCUAAAGUAUCAUCCAACGCACCCAAAGCCCUGAUCCUGGAGCCAUCUAAAGAACUGGCAGAACAAACCCUCAACAAUGUCAAGCAGUGUUCGAAAUAUGUGGAUAACCCCAAACUCAGGACCCUGCUGGUGAUUGGUGGCGUGGCUGCCAAAGACCAGCUGGCUGCUCUGGAACAGGGGAUUGACAUUGUGGUGGGAACACCAGGAAGACUGGACGACCUCAUAUCUACCGGGAAGCUCAGUCUGGCCCAAGUCCGCUUUCUAGUCCUGGAUGAGUGUGACGGCUUACUGUCUGCAGGCUAUACAGACUUUAUCAACAGGAUCCAUAACCAGAUCCCUCAGGUCACUUCUGACGGCAAAAGACUGCAGGUGAUUGUUUGUUCGGCCACGCUGCAUUCGUUUGACGUGAAGAAGCUGUCCGAGCGGAUCAUGCACUUUCCCACUUGGGUGGACCUGAAGGGGGAGGACUCUGUCCCCGAGAGCGUCCACCACGUGGUGGUGCCUGUAAAUCCGAAGAACGAUCGGCUUUGGGAGCGCGUCGGCAAGAACCACAUCCGGACCGAUGAAGUCCAUUCCAAAGAUAACACCAGACCAGGAGCCAAUUCUGCAGAAAUGUGGUCAGAAGCGAUCAAAGUGCUGAAGGGCGAGUACACAGUGAGGGCCAUCAAAGAGCACAAGAUGGACCAGGCCAUCAUCUUCUGCCGCACCAAGAUUGACUGCGACAACAUGGAACAGUACUUAAUUCAGCAGGGAGGAGGUCCAGACAGUAAAGGUCACCAGCUCUCCUGUGUCUGUCUCCAUGGUGAUCGUAAGCCAAUAGAGAGGAAAACUAACCUGGAGCGCUUCAAGAAAAAAGAAGUGAAGCUCUUGGUCUGCACAGACGUAGCUGCCAGAGGAAUUGACGUCCACGGAGUUCCUUAUGUGAUUAACGUCACCCUGCCAGACGAGAAGCAGAACUACGUCCACCGUAUCGGCAGAGUUGGAAGAGCAGAGAGAAUGGGGCUGGCCAUCUCCUUGGUUGCCAUGGAGAAAGAGAAGGUGUGGUACCACGUUUGCGCGAACCGAGGCAGAGGCUGCUACAACACCCGGCUGAAGGAGGAUGGAGGUUGCACCAUCUGGUACAACGAGAAAGAGCUCCUGUCAGAUAUUGAAGAGCAUCUAAAGUGCACCAUCACCCAGUGUGAGCCAGACAUCAAAGUACCCUUGGAUGACUUUGAUGGAAAGGUCACCUAUGGUCAGCGCAAGGCUUUGGGAGGUGGUAACUACAAGGGCCACGUGGAUGCUCUGGCCCCGACGGUCCAGGAGCUGGCAAUCCUCGAGAGAGAAGCCCAAUCUUCCUUCCUCCACCUGGGUUACAUGCCAAACCAGCUUUUCAGAGCCUUCUGAACAGACCCCAACUAGCUCAUCACUGUAGGCUGUAGAUAGAUUUUCAUGUUGCACCAACAGGAUACAAGUCUUUAUGCAACCAAGCAGCAGUGUUCAGUGUCAUCUCAAGGGUCUGUUUUCCUCCCAGACAAACAUAUAAACAUAACUCAUAAAUCAUUUGCUGUACAUGAAAUGUAUAUUGAAAGGUGUCCUUGGCAUCUAGUGCUAACGCUAAUUCAAACCUAAUUUGUUGGAUUUUGUGUUUCGUUUUCUGAUUGAUAUGGUUGAAUGAAGUAUUUAAGUUUCCUUAUGGAGGUAUUGGCUAAAAAGUUGAUAUAUGUAAGUGUCUGGGUGUUAUCUGAAAUAAACUGUAAUAUCCUGCUCAGUCUGAGUUCAUUUUCUAGAAAGGAAGGAAAUAUCUGCAUAUAUUAGGAACGCCUCUUCUGUUAAUUCAUUAAUUUACUGCUGGCUUCACCAAAUCGUGGACUGUUAGUGAAGGUUAUAUCCCAGUAGAUCUGGACCCCUGACCAAUGUCUGAUAAAUAAUGAAAAUAAAGAGGCGAAUUAUCUUUAGAAAGCAUUUUUUUCUUCUUCUGACCGUUGUAGCUGGAUUGGUUUAGCUUUCAGGUCUAUGAACCUUAAAACCAAGAGAAAAAGGGUUACUCUAAAGCUCUGUUUGCACUUUUUCUGGAAGAGGCACUUUGAUUUAUUUUACACAGAAGAUAUUGUCUAGUUUACCUUUACUUAAAAUGUGCUCCUUUAUUUCAUUGUCCUCUGACUAAAUUGUAAAGAAAUGGCCAUUUGUUUUCCAUAAACCCGAUACAAGUUCAAUGCGUUUUUGUGUUAUGA